UCCCUCCGGGGACCGUCGCUCUGGAUGUGGAGCCGGGUUUUCCCCUCAGGUUUGCUGCAAGAGCGAGGAGCGUGGUUCCCUGAGGGCGGGUUGUGCCGCUUUUGCGGGUUCCCCCGCCUGUGGCCCGGUACCACCGCGCGUGUGCGGUGGGAAAGGCACAGUCGUUCGCCCCGUGGCGUGGGGGUGAUUCUCCCCUUGCCCCUGGCGCUGAGCUCUGACAGUGACUCUCGGGUUUUGCUCCUCUGCUCGCAGCGUCCCCUUGGCGGUGGCCGAGGCUCUGGGGGGCUGGGCUCGGUGAAGCGGUGGAUGUUUCACCAGACACAGCGGUGACAACACAGAGCCUCGCUGUAGGAAACGCAGAAGGCGAGCAAGGAAACGUGUUCCUUGGGAAUAUCGUUCCAAAGGGCGACGGUAAAUAAAAACACAAGCCCCCGCUACUUGGUGUCGAAUCGGAGCGGUUUGUGAGUGAGAAAUGGGAACACAGUAGUUGUAAUUACGGAGCUGGGGUAAUUACAUAGUUGCUGCAGGCUCUGAAAGGAGGAAGUUUUGUGUUGCUGGGCGGUAAGGAGAGGUGGGGUAAUAUUCCCACACCGAUGCAGGGCGCUGCACGGGAGUCCUGUCGUUCGAUAAUACCUCCUGGGGAGACUCAGAGCGUUGGAUCCUGCGAGAAGACCCCAGAGCAGGCAGAACGGCCACAGCACGGCUCCAAACCGCGCUGCCCCCGCCGCCCAACCCCUUGGCAUUUGAAAUACAGUGCGUUCUGCAAUUCAAACCGACAUUUUUUGGUUUUGUGGGUUGUUUUGGUUGGUUUUUUUUUUCCUCUCUCUUUCAGUUUGGACCCGAAGGCAGACCACCUCUGGAACAGGAGAGCACCCAGGAAGCUUUUUGCAGAAAGCCGAGGAGGUGCAGGAGGGGGGAUGCAGCGGGCAGCCUUUGGCAGGUGGUGGUGGUGUUGACGCACAGAAGUUACUUUGCCUUGGGGAGGACAAAGCCCUGUCUGCUGCUUAUGUAGGUGUGUUCCUGCCAUCUCCCUUCUCCCCCAAGAAGCCGCCUGGGUCGCGCAGCAGCGGGGACUCGGCAGUCGCCGCCGCAGCAGCAGCAGCAGAUUAUGGUGGCGGCGCGGCGGGGGGAGCGGCGCCAGCCCUGAUCCGCCGAUGCGUUUUUCCUCAGACCAUCCUCGCUCGGAAGUGCCACCUGAAGCUUCGGCGGCUGGGCAGGGACCCCGCUACCGUUUGAAAGGGGAAAACCCCUGAAGGGGGAAGGAGCUAAGGGAAGGAGGGGCAGCGCCGGGUUUGGUGCGUGCUUGUGGGGAGAGGGGAUUGGUUAUCAUGGCGGAUCGGACGGCUCCGAGAUGCCAGCUCCGUCUGGAGUGGGUCUACGGGUACAGGGGCCACCAGUGCCGCAACAACCUGUACUACACCGCGGGCAAGGAGGUGGUUUACUUCGUGGCCGGAGUCGGCGUCGUCUACAACACCCGAGAGCACAGCCAGAAAUUCUUCCUCGGGCACAACGAUGAUAUUAUCAGCCUUGCAGUUCACCCGGAUAAAACUUUAGUAGCAACAGGGCAGGUUGGGAAGGACCCUUACAUUUGCAUCUGGGAUUCCUACCGGGUACAGACUGUGUCUGUUCUUAAGGAUGCACAUACACAUGGAGUUGCCUGCUUAGCUUUUGAUUCAGAUGGCCAGCGUUUAGCUUCAGUGGGACUGGAUGCCAAAAAUACAGUGUGUAUUUGGGACUGGAAGAGAGGAAAACUACUGGCAACAGCUACAGGCCAUUCAGACAGGAUAUUCGAUAUUUCCUGGGAUCAAUAUCAACCAAAUAGAAUUGUCAGCUGUGGAGUAAAACACAUAAAGUUUUGGACGUUGUGUGGAAAUGCACUGACAGCAAAGAGAGGAAUAUUUGGUAAAAUGGGAGAUCUCCAAACUAUCCUUUGUUUAGCAUGUGCAAAAGAAGAUAUCACGUACUCUGGUGCUUUAAAUGGUGACAUCUAUGUUUGGAAAGGGCUAAACUUAGUCCGCACAAUCCAAGGAGCACAUAGUGCUGGAAUUUUUAGUAUGUAUGCCUGUGAGGAAGGUUUUGCCACUGGAGGGAGAGAUGGUUGCAUUCGUUUAUGGGACACUGAUUUCAAGCCAAUUACUAAAAUUGAUCUCAGGGAGACUGAACAAGGAUACAAAGGUUUGUCCAUCCGAAGUGUCUGUUGGAAAGCAGACAGACUUUUAGCAGGGACCCAGGACAGUGAAAUAUUUGAGGUGCUAGUAAGAGAGAGAGAUAAACCCAUGCUGAUCAUGCAGGGUCACUGUGAAGGGGAGCUCUGGGCCCUGGCGGUCCAUCCAAAGAAGCCUUUGGUAGUCACAGGCAGUGACGAUCGGUCUGUACGGUUGUGGAGUCUGGCCGACCAUGCCUUGAUAGCUCGGUGUAACAUGGAGGAAGCGGUGCGCAGCGUGUCUUUCAGUCCUGAUGGGUCACAGCUGGCGCUUGGGAUGAAGGAUGGCUCCUUCAUUGUUCUUCGAGUGAGAGACAUGACAGAGGUAGUUCAUAUUAAAGACCGGAAAGAAGUAAUCCAUGAAAUGAAAUUCUCACCAGAUGGCUCUUACCUCGCUGUGGGGUCUAAUGAUGGCCCAGUGGAUAUCUACGCGGUGGCUCAGCGAUACAAAAAAAUAGGAGAGUGCAACAAAUCUUCUAGUUUUAUAACUCAUAUUGACUGGUCUGUGGACAGUAAAUUCUUGCAAACCAAUGAUGGUGCGGGAGAGAGACUGUUCUACAAGAUGCCGUCUGGGAAGCAUCUAACUAGCAAAGAUGAGAUCAAAGGAAUUCACUGGGCCUCGUGGACCUGUGUGAUAGGAUCUGAAGUGAAUGGAAUUUGGCCAAAGUACACAAACAUUACAGAUGUCAACUCUGUGGAUGGAAAUUACAACAGCUCAGUGCUAGUGACUGGAGAUGAUUUUGGACUGGUUAAAUUAUUCAGAUUUCCAUGCCUAAAGAAAGGAGCUAAAUUUAGAAAAUACGUUGGCCAUUCAGCACAUGUAACCAACGUCCGUUGGUCCCAUGAUUUUCAGUGGGUUUUAAGUACAGGAGGGGCUGAUCACUCUGUUUUUCAGUGGCGAUUUAUUCCAGAAGGGAUAACAAACGGCAUCCUUGAAACAUCUCCACAAGAGGGUGGCGUCGAUUCCUACAGUGAAGAAUCAGAUUCAGAUUUAUCUGAUGUGCCAGAGUUAGAUUCUGACAUUGAGCAAGAAGCUCAAAUCAACUAUGAUCGCCAGGUUUACAAAGAAGACCUACCUCAGCUGAAACAGCAAAGUAAAGAGAAAAACUAUUCUGUGCCCUUCCUUAAAAGAGAGCGAGCGCCUGAGGACAGUUUAAAGUUGCAGUUUAUACAUGGUUAUAGAGGGUAUGACUGUCGAAAUAACUUGUUCUACACACAAGCUGGAGAAGUGGUCUAUCAUAUUGCUGCUGUAGCUGUCGUGUAUAACAGGCAGCAGCACACUCAGAGGCUGUAUCUUGGCCAUGAUGAUGACAUCCUCAGCCUAAGCAUUCACCCAGUGAAAGACUAUGUUGCUACUGGACAGGUUGGAAGAGAUGCUGCUAUCCACGUUUGGGACACACAGACACUGAAAUGUUUGUCAUUGCUCAAAGGCCAGCACCAAAGAGGAGUGUGUGCACUGGAUUUUUCAGCUGAUGGAAAGUGUUUGGCAUCUGUCGGGCUAGAUGAUAAUCAUGCCAUUGUGUUUUGGGAUUGGAAAAAAGGCGAAAAGCUAGCGACAACCAGGGGACAUAAAGAUAAAAUAUUCGUAGUGAAGUGUAAUCCACAUCAUGUAGACAAACUAGUCACAGUUGGGAUGAAGCACAUCAAAUUUUGGCAGCAAACCGGUGGGGGCUUUACGUCAAAGCGAGGAACAUUUGGAACUACUGGAAAAUUGGAAACGAUGAUGAGUGUUUCGUAUGGGCGCAUAGAAGAUCUCGUUUUCUCUGGUGCUGCUACUGGUGACAUUUAUAUCUGGAAGGAUACUCUGUUGCUGAAGACAGUGAAAGCCCAUGACGGCCCUGUGUUUGCCAUGCAUGCACUGGAUAAGGGAUUUGUGACUGGUGGAAAAGAUGGAAUCGUGGCCCUUUGGGAUGAUAUGUUUGAAAGAUGUCUGAAGACGUACGCUAUUAAAAGAGCAGCACUAUCUGCCAGUUCUAAAGGUUUACUUUUAGAAGACAAUCCCUCUAUUCGAGCCAUCAGUCUAGGACAUGGGCAUAUACUAGUAGGAACUAAAAAUGGGGAGAUACUGGAAAUUGAUAAAAGCGGUCCCAUGACUCUACUUGUUCAGGGGCAUAUGGAAGGAGAAGUCUGGGGCUUGGCAGCUCAUCCUCUCCUGCCUGUCUGUGCAACAGUGAGUGAUGAUAAAACACUUCGAAUCUGGGAACUUUCAUCCCAGCACCGCAUGCUGGCAGUGAGGAAGCUGAAAAAAGGUGGACGAUGCUGUGCCUUUUCCCCGGAUGGGAAAGCCUUGGCUGUAGGGCUGAAUGAUGGGAGUUUUCUGGUGGUAAACGCUGACACUGUGGAAGACAUGGUCUCUUUUCACCACAGAAAGGAAAUGAUCUCUGAUAUAAAGUUUUCACAAGAAUCGGGAAAGUACCUGGCUGUGGCUUCCCAUGAUAAUUUUGUAGAUAUUUACAAUGUACUUACCAGCAAAAGAGUUGGCAUUUGUAAAGGUGCAUCUAGCUAUAUCACACACAUUGACUGGGACUCAAGAGGAAAGUUAUUGCAAGUCAAUUCUGGUGCCAAAGAACAACUAUUUUUUGAAGCACCAAGGGGGAAAAGGCAUAUUAUAAGAAUUGCCGAGAUAGAGAAGAUUGAGUGGGACACCUGGACGUGUGUUCUCGGUCCUACUUGUGAAGGAAUCUGGCCCACGCCCAGCGAUGUCACCAUUGUAAACGCAGCUAGUCUUACAAAAGACGGAACGCUGUUAGCUACAGGAGAUGAUUUUGGUUUUGUCAAGCUUUUUUCAUAUCCAGCGAAGGGACAACAUGCAAAAUUCAAGAAGUACGUGGGUCACAGCGCCCAGGUAACCAACGUUCGGUGGUUACACAAUGAUUCUGUGCUGCUGACUGUAGGUGGUGCUGAUACAGCUUUGAUGAUCUGGACCAGAGAAUUUUUGGGCAUUCAGGAGAGUAAGCUGGUUGAUAGUGAAGAAUCAGACACAGAUGCAGAAGAAGAUGGAGGUUAUGAUAGUGAUGUUGCAAGAGAAAAAGCAAUUGACUAUACCACUAAGAUCUAUGCAGUAAGCAUCCGAGAAAUGGAAGGGACAAAACCACAUCAACAGCUGAAGGAAGUUUCAGUAGAAGAGAGGCAGGGAAUUGUCAAGGGAUCAAGGCCACCAGUUAGCAGAGCAGCUCCUCAGCCUGAAAAACUGCAAAAGAACAAUAUCACCAAAAAAAAGAAAUUGGUUGAGGAGCUGGCUUUAGACCAUGUUUUUGGAUACAGAGGAUUUGAUUGUCGCAACAACCUCCAUUACCUAAAUGAUGGUGCUGAUAUCAUUUUCCACACAGCUGCAGCAGGCGUAGUUCAGAAUCUUUCCACUGGUAGUCAGAGUUUCUACCUGGAGCAUACUGAUGACAUUCUCUGCCUAACUGUGAAUCAACACCCAAAGUAUAAAAAUAUUGUGGCUACCAGCCAGAUCGGUGAUAUGACAGAAUUUCCAGGUACAACUCCCACAAUUCAUAUAUGGGAUGCUAUGAGUAAGCAAACUAUUUCAAUGCUACGUUGCUUCCAUACCAAAGGGGUCAACUAUGUUAACUUCAGUGCAACUGGCAAACUUCUGGUUUCAGUGGGAGUUGACCCAGAACAUACUAUCACAGUCUGGAGGUGGCAAGAAGGAGCUAAAGUUGCUAGCAGGGGAGGACACCUGGAGAGGAUUUUCGUUGUGGAGUUCCGCCCAGAUUCAGACACUCAGUUUGUGUCUGUUGGGGUGAAACACAUGAAGUUCUGGACAUUAGCUGGCAGUGCUUUGCUUUACAAGAAAGGAGUCAUCGGUUCCAUGGAAGAUGCCAAAAUGCAAACCAUGCUUUCUGUGGCCUUCGGAGCAAACAACCUUACAUUUACUGGUGCCAUAAAUGGAGAUGUCUACGUCUGGAAGGAUCAUUUCCUGAUUAGACUUGUGGCCAAAGCUCACACUGGGCCAGUGUUCACCAUGUACACAACUCUUCGAGAUGGACUCAUUGUCACCGGGGGGAAGGAGAGACCCACAAAAGAAGGGGGAGCUGUGAAGCUGUGGGAUCAAGAGAUGAAGCGGUGCCGAGCGUUUCAGCUGGAGACAGGGCAGCUGAUCGAGUGCGUUCGCUCCGUCUGCAGGGGAAAGGGCAAAAUUUUAGUGGGAACAAAAGAUGGUGAAAUCCUUGAAGUAGGAGAAAAAAAUGCUGCUUCAAACUUGUUGAUCGACUGCCACAUGGAAGGGGAGAUCUGGGGCUUGGCAACCCACCCCUCUAAAGACAUAUUUAUCUCUGCAAGUAAUGAUGGAACAGCAAGAAUCUGGGACCUGUCUGACAAAAAACUGCUGAACAAAGUGAAUCUGGGUCAUCCUGCACGCUGUGCCGCGUAUAGUCCUGAUGGGGAGAUGGUUGCCAUUGGCAUGAAGAAUGGAGAAUUUGUUAUUUUACUUGUAAACAGCCUUAAGGUUUGGGGCAAAAAGCGAGACAGAAAGUCUGCAAUUCAGGAUAUCAGGAUCAGCCCCGAUAACAGGUUUUUGGCAGUGGGUUCCCAAGAACAUACUGUAGAUUUUUAUGAUCUCACUCAAGGUACCACCCUAAACCGAAUAGGCUACUGCAAAGACAUUGCAAGUUUUGUCAUCCAGAUGGAUUUCUCUGCAGACAGCAGGUACAUCCAGGUAUCCACGGGUGCAUAUAAGCGUCAGGUUCAUGAGGUGCCCGUGGGAAAGCAAAUAACAGAUCCUGCAUUGAUAGAGAAGAUCACGUGGGCCACAUGGACAAGCAUUCUGGGAGAGGAAGUGAUGGGGAUUUGGCCGCGCAAUGCAGACAAGGCUGAUGUGAACUGUGCCUGUGUGACCCAUGCGGGCCUCAACGUCGCCACUGGAGAUGACUUCGGGCUGGUGAAGCUGUUUGAUUUCCCGUGCACAGAGAAAUUUGCCAAGCAUAAGCGGUACUUUGGGCACUCAGCACAUGUCACCAACAUCCGCUUCUCCCAUGACGACAAGUACGUCAUCAGCACUGGGGGGGAUGACUGCAGUGUCUUUGUCUGGCGAUGUCUUUGAAUGGCGAUGACUUCCUGCUGUUCCUGCCACCCCCAAGCAGCUGCUGUGCCCAGGGAUGCCUCCAGCCCAUGAUGCUGUGCAGGGACACCCUCCUAGUGAUUUACUGACUUGUGAAUGUGAUGGUGCAUUUGAAAGACCCUUAAGUAAGAAGGUGCAGCUGCAAAGGGGAUCCUUCUGUGCCCUGGGUAGGCUGUGGGGAGGAACACUCCACUCACAGAGCUGAUUUUGCCUCCAUGCAGUGUUAGUCAAACCCUGCUGAAACGGGAGUGCACUGAGGACAUGCUGGGCCCUUUACAUUUCCGUUAUUUCUAAAUUGAUGGUGUCAACAUUUCUUCAAGGAAUCGGCUGUCUUUCCAACACCUGCGUAACACUCACAUGUGGUGCACUGAGAAAAACUAGAAGCUUUUAGUCAACAUUGCUGGGGUUCACACUUCUGCUUUCAGUAAUUUAAGGAGCAAACUAUCAUUUUUUAAGUCAGUCCAUUUUCUUUUUAAAUAUAUAUAUUUGGCAAACUUUUCUAUCCAUAAAGUGCCUUUCAGUAAUUUUUCUAGUAGUAUGGGCUACAGUCUUGCCUCCCACCAAUUGCUUUCAACACACGGUGCUAUAACUUUCACACAGAGGAGGGCUAACCAACACCAUUAACACCUUUUCCAGCUGCCUACUUACAUUCUCCCUGAUUUCUGCUUUGCUUUCCACCAUCUUCAUAAGUGAAUUCCCAAAUGAUCCUGACAGCAAGAACCUCCUGGUAAGCUGUUCACAACUGCUUGGCAAUGGUAGCAUGAGUGCAGCCACAAUUGGAAUCUCAACUCAGACAGCGAGUAGAGUGAGAGAGUUGGUUGCAGAAAUUCUGACACAGAAUUUCAGGGAAAAAGCGCUUUCUGGGUAACAACUUCCCGCAGACAGUGGACAGUUCCUGUAUUGAUCAGAACUGGUUUGAAAGUCCCAGGAAAUGUCCCUGUCCUCAAGAAGAGCCUCAGUUUUGCCAAUAGGGGGAGUGACUCCUCUCACAGCCAAGGC